UUUUUUUUCUUUCUAUAAAAACAGAGCCACCAUUUUCACCAUUUUUUUGAAGCUCUGUUUGAAAUCCCCAAAAAAAGAAAUUCACUUUUCUUUCCCUUUAAUUUAACUUCUUCUUCUUUUUUUCUUUUUGAUCUCUUACUGUGAAUUCCCUUAACUGCAUUUACUUUUUUUUUCUCUGAAAAAAAUAGGUUUAAUAAUUGUAGAAAAUUAACAAAAUGGAGGGAUUGCCCACUGGUUACCGUCCCAACGUUGGUGUUUGUCUUAUAAACUCUGAUAAUCAGGUUUUUGUAGCUUCCAGAUUGAAUGUUCCCGGAGCUUGGCAGAUGCCUCAGGGAGGUAUUGAAGAUGGUGAGGAGCCAAGAAAUGCAGCUAUAAGGGAAUUACGAGAGGAAACUGGAGUUGAGUCUGCUGAAAUUAUCGCCGAGGUUCCGACAUGGUUGACAUAUGAUUUUCCAACUGCAGUAAAGGCCAAAGUGAAUCGACUCUGGGGAGGCGAAUGGCACGGAAAUGCGCAGAAAUGGUUUCUUAUGAAAUUAACAAAAGACGAGAGCGAAAUCAACUUAGCAACCGGAGAGGUAGAACCGGAAUUUGCCGAGUGGAAAUGGGCAACUCCCGAAGAAGUAGUUGAGCAGGCAGUGGAUUAUAAAAGGCCAACAUAUGAAGAAGUUAUGAAGACCUUUCAGCCAUACUUUAGUGAUAAUGGCAAAGCCACCAAAUGUAAAUCAACAAAAUGGUGAAUGCAAUGGUCGUAAAAGUUCUAUGAAGAAUCUAUAUUAAGAGUUGGAUCGUAUUUUGUUAUUUUUAUUUAGAAAAUGGGCAAAUUAAUCUCUGUAGGUUAGAAUAAAGAGAAAAUUAGUUUUUCUAUUAAAAAUUUUAUCUAUUUCUACAGUUAAAAAUUGGUCUCUGCGCAUCAAGCAGACUAAUUUUUAACGGUACAAAUAAAUGGAAUUUUUAAAAGAAACAAUUAAUUUACUUUUUAAGCUAAUGUACAUGAAUUAAUUUACACAUUUUUAGGUAAAAAGAUAAAAUACAAUCUGACUCCUCGUACGAGAGUUUUUUUUGGUACUUUUACUAUGCAAUGGUGUGUUUUUGUAGGGUCAAAUUAUGAUUUUCAUCCAAUAUUAUAUUUAAUUUGAUGAUUUAGUCCUUGGUAUUUAAAUUUAGCGUGAUUUUGAUCCUUCAAUUAUUAUUAAUGUAAUAUCUUAGUCCAAAUUAGAAAAAUUAUCAAUUGAUUGAUGUGGAUUUUUUUUAAAUCCAAAUAAUGAAGUUGAGAAAAAUGUUACAUGUAAAAUAAAAAUAAGGAAUAUUUGAGUUUUGGGUUUUUUUAAAAAUUCCACAUCAAUUGAAGUUAGUAAUUUGGAUUAAGGUAUAAAAUUAAUAAUAAUAUGGUGAUUAACUUAUGUCAAUUUGAAGUAUUAGGACUAAAUCGUCAAAUUGAGUAUAACACAAUGAAAUAAAGUCAUAAUUUGACUUUUUUUGUAGGUUUCUCUCAGUAUGUUUUAGGUAUAAGUCGGGUUUGAAUGUCGGAUAUGGAUGUGUUUGAUAUAUUUUUCAAUAUUUACGUAUAUUCAAGCUUUCAUAGAA